AUGCCAGCAGAUUCCGGGUUUGUCGAUAAUGUCGACUUACAGAAGCACAAUUCCUUCCAUCAGUGGACGCCACGGCAUUCGCUAUCCAGUGCAGACAUCACUCCAUCCAGAUCGAUGUCGCAACACCUUCAUUCAACCAGUCGAAGAGUGUUCAUCGGUCCAACGCCUAUGAACUGGAAUUAUAAGAAGCGGUCCCUUCUGUUCUCAAAAAGUGAUCAGGUGGAACAUCACGGGAAAAAAACAUUUAGGGCGGAAUCCUAUGCCAUCGGUCCCAACAAUGUUUUACCACUUGACUAUUCUCUGCCGCAAGACGAACAAAGGAACUCUUUUGAAAUGAUCUCGGAUAAACCUUUUCUGGUCAAUGAACCUUUAGAGGUCAUAGAUUCAGAUCUCAGCAGCCCUUCAAGCGACGAUGAGGCUUUUUAUACACCUUCCGAGGUUCUAUCGUCGAAACCACCUGUAUGUCCUGUACGAGAAAAUGAGAUAUACAAACCGGAAACACAUUCACCAAACUCUAGCAAUUCACAUCCUCUUUCAAAUUUAAUGCUGCCGCCUUCAAUUAUUGAAAUACCCCCCGAGGAAAAUAAUGAUCAUCUGGAAAAUUCAGGUUCAAUGCCAUCAGAAAUCACCGCAGGUUCUCCUCAUUCACUUCAAAAUGAUGAUGCGGCAAUCGAAGCAACCGGACACCUCGGUGUACAUAAUAUUCUGACCCCUGACACGGCCUCGGUCGCAAGCUUUUUGAAUAAUCACAGUUAUGAACCUGGAUCGGUCAUCGAGGAAGAUCGCAUGCUGGUUAGAGUUGAACGUGAUUAUCACACGCAGGUACCACAAAUGCACGAAUCUUCAUCGCAAAAUCUCGUUUACUCUACAGGAUGGAGAGAAUACAUUGUGAAAUUACGACCUGAGAAAAUAGAACUUUAUAAAAAUAAGAAAGAUAAAGUCGAUAAAGUGGUUUUCUCCUCAAAAACCAAGUUAUCUUUAUAUUCAACGGUAGAUUAUACCCUGGCGCUUAUAGAUCCUUAUGAACACGGGACGAAAGUAAUCAUCCUUCGGCCAAAGACUAGAUCGUUGAGUGCUAAGUGGUAUCUACUUCUUCGUGGGUUAUUUCCGGAGUCCGUUGUAAAACCAAUCCCUUCUGUAUGCGAAGUUUCCGUACCUGAUCUGAAUGUGAAAAUUCGGAUUCCCCUGGAGGACGGUGAUCGUGCAUUCCGAGUUACGGCAGAAGAAGUUACGAAAGUCGUGUUAGAUCAAUUGUCAGGUGUAAGUGAGUGGGAGGAUGUGCUGAAUGAAUGGAUGGAACACGGUGAUCUUAGGUUGUGUUGGAAAAGGUACGAUCGACUCGAGUGGAUUAUUUGGGAGAAAAAUGAUGGGAACGUCGAUCGGAACGAUUUAUUGGUUUGCCCACAGUUCAUUGAGCGGACACAUCAUUUACAAUUGCGUGUUACACAACAUUACCCGACCUCCGUUACGUUGGCCGAUGGAUCAAAAUUGAUGGAACCUCCUCCGGCAGAAGGAUACCUCAUAAGAAUCACAAAUAACAAAGGUCGAAAGAAAAAUGCAAAAAGAUUAUACUUUUCCACUCAUGAUUAUUACUUUUUCUACAUGAAACCUUUUUCCAUGUGCCCUCCACCUCCACCAAAAACCGAUUCCUUGGACACGAACGGCGAAAACCAGUGCAUUGACAAACGACCUUUGAUAUACGCAAUUGCCCCACAAAUUCAGGGACAAGUUGAGGAAAAUGGUACUUUCAUGAAGGCAGAUUUAAAGAGACGUUAUAAGCAAGUGGUCAGCGCGAUCGGAUUUAUUAAUUUAAUCGAAGUGGUGGAAGUCAGACCGCAUAGAAAUGAUAAUAAUGGGGACCAUAAGUAUGCGGAAGGUGAAGGUCGUGAGCGUGAAACUCAAGGAAAGGGGUCUCCUUUCGAGCUAGUGAUGAAAAAUAACAAGAUCAUCGUUCUGCAGGCUUACUCACACGAAACAAGGGAUGAAUGGAUUAAACGUCUAAGCGAUCUUGUACGAUAUUGGAAAGCUCGUGUCGAGAGUGACGCGCAAACGAGAAUUAAUAUGCUUAAGAUAAAUCAGUCUAAUGAAAACCAGGAUGAAGAUCACGUGAGCAUGGUAGAUGGUGAUAUACAGGAACACUUUAACAACUUCAAAUCGUAUGCCAACCCGGCUGUUUGGCAUUGGUGCACCUUAAACGGAUGUCGUGACCUCACGAAAACCGGGUUGCUAUAUCAUAAAUCUCAUCUUCAUGGCACGUUUCGAAACUAUCAUCACGUUUUAACGCGAGGACAUUUUAUAUACUUCAACGUAUAUUCACGGUCGAUAUCUGGUCGUGCAAUCAGAAGGUGUUAUCACAAACGUAAUGGUAUUAUUGAUUUGUCCAACUGUUACGUAUAUUCCGGGAGCAUAACAGAAUACGAUUUACUUUACUCGAAUUCUUCGAGAUAUAGUUUAGCAUCAAGCGGAGCAGAACAUAAAUUACCCAGGAUAUAUGAAGAUGGAAUGUAUUGUUAUGAUGAUGAAGAAGAAUGUACGUUUGUAAUCUGGAAAGGGAAAAGGACAAGCACACUGGAGUUUAGUGGAGAAAAAAAAAGUGGAUUAUUUGGAUUGGAUGUCAAGAAAAAGGUAAAGCUGGAUCACCCGGGGAAAACUUGGGUUUUCAGAGCGAGAAGUCGAACCGAAAGGGAGGAAUGGGUGUGGGCCCUGAAUGUUGAGAUUGAAAGACUUUGCGAUGGAAAAAAACGAGAUAAAUGA